CCAUACUCCAUACCACAUCCCGAUAUCAAAACCUGGCACGGCACUGUCUCCUUUAUUAAAUAGUAUUACAAUUUUAACAUUCUUUUAUUUUAAUAAGUUGAAAAGUUUUAGACCGCUAGAUCGAAAAGAUAACGGUUAUGAAGGCCUCGGUAAUGUCUGCCCCAGUAUGAAUAUCUCGGUCCUUGAGUCUCUGGGGCCUGUCGACGCGAGACUGAAGAUCGCAGCAGCCCUCCGAGGUAGAAAUCUGACCUUUGUGCUGUGAGCUUUCUUAAAAUGGCUGAUGGACAUGAAACCGAUAGGAAUAUUGAGAUAUGGAAGAUUAAGAAAUUAAUUAAAGCAUUGGAAACUGCAAGAGGUAAUGGCACUAGCAUGAUCUCUCUCAUCAUGCCACCUCGUGAUCAAAUCUCUCGGGUUGCUAAAAUGUUGGGCGAUGAAUAUGGAACCGCUUCAAACAUCAAAAGCAGAGUCAAUCGACAAUCUGUGUUGGCUGCCAUUACCUCUGCUCAGCAGAGGUUGAAGCUUUACAACAAGGUUCCUUCCAAUGGACUAGUUCUGUAUACGGGUACCAUUGUUACUGAAGAUGGGAAAGAAAAGAAGGUCACCAUAGAUUUUGAGCCAUUCAAGCCAAUUAAUGCAUCGCUGUAUCUCUGUGAUAACAAGUUUCAUACUGAGGCACUGAACGAGCUUCUUGAAUCUGAUGACAAGUUUGGUUUCAUAGUAAUGGAUGGAAAUGGAACUCUUUUUGGCACUUUAAGUGGCAAUACUCGAGAAGUGCUUCACAAGUUCUCCGUGGAUCUUCCAAAGAAGCAUGGAAGAGGAGGGCAGUCAGCAUUGCGAUUUGCUCGCCUUCGUAUGGAGAAGCGUCAUAACUAUGUCCGCAAGACGGCUGAACUGGCUACGCAAUUCUAUAUCAAUCCUUCUACCAGUCAACCAAAUGUUGCUGGGUUAAUUUUGGCUGGUUCUGCUGAUUUUAAGACAGAGUUGAGUCAGUCCGACAUGUUUGAUGCUCGCCUACAGGCUAAGAUUCUCAACGUGGUUGAUGUCUCAUAUGGAGGUGAGAAUGGUUUCAAUCAGGCCAUUGAAUUGUCGUCAGAGAUUCUAUCGAAUGUCAAGUUCAUACAGGAAAAGAAGUUGAUAGGAAAGUAUUUUGAGGAGAUAAGCCAAGACACUGGAAAAUAUGUCUUUGGUGUGGAUGAUACACUAAAAGCUCUUGAAAUGGGUGCCGUUGAGAUCCUAAUUGUGUGGGAAAAUUUGGAUAUCAACAGAUAUGUGCUAAAGCACAGCACGAGUGGGGAAAUCAUUAUAAAGCAUUUGAACAAGGAUCAAGAAGCAAAUCAGAACAACUUUCGAGAUCCUGUAACAUCUGCAGAGCUGGAAGUGCAAGAGAAGACGUCUCUCUUGGAGUGGUUUGCGAAUGAGUACAGGCGUUUUGGUUGCUCCCUCGAGUUUGUUACCAACAAAUCUCAAGAGGGCUCCCAGUUUUGCAGGGGCUUUGGCGGCAUUGGUGGGAUCCUUCGCUAUCAGUUAGAUAUUAGGGCCCUUGAUGAGCUCUCUGAUGGAGAAUACUAUGAAGAUUCUGAUUAGCAAUCAACCAACCUUGAACUGGAUCCGGUCCAGGGGGAGCCUGUGCUGGCCCUGCAUGUGACCGGACAUGCUCCUUGGGGGCUGCACAUGUCUUCCAAAAAAUGUGAUGGGAGCAAAAGAACAGGUUCACAGUGAUCACUAUGGAUCAUCUCAUUGGCUGUCAUGAUGAUAUGAUAUAGAAAAUUGAAGGUUUCUCGGCCGCCUGAUGCUGCGAUCGUGGUUUGUUAGUGCCUUGUGAGGCCGUUAUAUUAAAUAACUAGACGACUUUCCUAUUUGGUAUUGUACUGUGGUGUGCCUGUUAUUGUAGCAUGGGUUGAAGAGUUUCCACACUCUUGUUUUUAUGACUUUCCUGACUGUGUUUUCAUUACAACUGAAAACUUGCUGCUGGUAUGUUAUGGUUGGACAUACUUUAUGAGUAUUGAAGCUAUUUUAUUAUGGUAAAACAUAUUUUCUUUUA